AACACAGAUCACUGACAUUCUGAGACAAGGGCAUUUACAUGAGAACUACAGUGUGGCUGUUGAAAUGCUACACACCAUGUUGUCACUGCUGAUGUCACUGAGAGAAGACUUUGAAAGGUUUGUAUGCUGCCACAUAUCAUGUCACUGGGAAAAUGCUUUGACAGAUUGGUAUGUUGUCAAGUGUCAUUGAGAGAGGACUUUAAGUGGUUUAAUCAACAGUUUAAUUACUAAUUACACUACAUUAAUCAACAAGUUUAACUGAAUUUAAGUUUUAUUUAAGACUGAUUCUGUUCAUUUUUUUUUGUUUACAUCUAAUUUAUUUGAACAACCUAUCUUCCAGCUGUCUCCAACUUUCACCCGUUGUUCUGACUGAACACAAGUUUGAGUUUGCCCGUUUGGCUUCACAGUUAAACAUGUUUUUUGAACGGGCCAAAUUGUCCACCCCAGACCCCAGCCACGCUGUGAAUACUGAUGAACUCAUCAACCAUUUUACACAAGGAAAAAACAGGUAGAUAGCAUCUUGUCCCAGAUAUCAUCUUGUCCCAGAUAUCAUCUUGUCCCAGAUAUUAUCUUGUCCCAGAUAUCAUCUUGUCCCAGAUAUCAUCUUGUUCUAGAUAUCAUCUUGUCCUAGAUAACAUUUUAUAAAAUUAAAUUUUUAAAAUUGUAUUCAAUAAAUAUUCCAUAAUGUUUAUUGGUUGAAAAAACAACAACUUUUACUUAAAAAACGUAAUAAGGAACAACAUUGUUUAUUGUAAAAAUAUGUUUCUUUUUUGGUCUCUUGCAGAUCCAUGUUGCUGACUGGACUUGAGCAACUGGCAGAGUUUAUCCAAAACUACCAGGACUUGUCCAAGAUGUGUGUGUCAGCCAAAUGUAUAUAAUACCUGGAUGUGUGUUGUCAUCUUAUAUCUCUAUGAGUGACAUCUAAUACUUGUAUGAGUGACGUCAUCUAAUACCUCGAUGAGUGACGUCAUCAAAAUACCUUGAUGAGAGACACUUCUUUAUGAAAUACUAAGCCUUGCAAUCACCUGCUUGGCCUUCUUUUUUGCUCGCAGGUAAAAAGAAAAAUGUUUGUAUGUGAUAUUCUCAUUUCCAUUUUUCACUAUUCUUACACAGCUAAAUUUGACAUCUUAUGUUAAAAAAAAGGGAAUGUGUGUGUGUGUGUGAGUAGAGGGGGUUGUGAAUUUUAUUUAAAAAAAAGGUGGUUUAAAAAAAAAAAAAAGGAAAAAGUUUAGGCAUGUUGUAAGUAAUCUUUAACAAAAAAAAAUUAAUCUUGACUUUUCAUUAAAAUAAAUAAAAGCUUAAAUAGUAUAUUAUAUUGUUUUUAUUUUAUUUUAUUUUUAAAAAGUUCCAAUGGAAUGCUGUUCAAGUAUAUAUAAUAUUUUGGAUAAAGAGAAGAAUCAACAAUGUUUUUGCAAACAUUUUUUUCCUCCUUCUCUUCAGCACUUUCAAUUCUGUCCUGGUGAAUGGUAUUGUGAACCCAGUGAAGUCCUGGUGAAUUGUAUAUGUGAACCUAGUAAGAUCCUGGUGAAUUGUGUGAACCCAAUGGCAAGGACUGAAAUUAACCAGAUGAAAAACUCUGCUUAGAACUUAAAGGCUAAUUAAUACAGACUUCACUGGCCAAAAUGAAAAGGCAGCAUUCCUAGUAUUAGAUACAAACGGCAUAGAUUUUGUAUUUAUUGUUACUAACCAUGUUCUUCUUUUGGUGUUUAUUUGUCUUCAGAUUGUUAAUGUCACGCUUCGGUGCUGAGAAGCUAAAUGACUAAAACUAGUUCUUCCAAGUUGUUUUUUUAACUUAAUAAAUUCCCAAACCUUAGCCAGAUUUGUACAAACUACUAAGAAACAAAUAUAUUGCUAUUAUAAUUGUAACUUGUGCAAAGAUGACCAUGACUGUCAUGUGUAAAGGGA